CGUUCCUUUCUUUCCUUGAUUGCUACCGGCUUCGUCUUGUUUCAUUCUCUGUUGGCUUCCAAUCAUCCAAGAUGCAAUCCGUUUCUCGACUUGCUUUGCUUGCCCUGGGCUCAUUGCCCCUUGCCUUUGGUCAGCUGGAGACCAUUGGCGUGACUACCUCUGGCGUCACCCCGACUAGUUCGCCAUCGUCGACGUCCUCGUCCUCAUCCUCAACCCCAUCCUCUACCCCGCUCACUACGCCAGCUCCCAGUACCACCACGACUGGGGAUCCGUUGGUUCUUACCACUAUCUUUACCCAGCCCUCAGGAUGUGUCGGUGGGAUGAGUGAAGUUGCGUCGUGGUCGACCGAGCUCUGGCAGAACAUUGUCAACCCGGUGCCGACCUUGACGCUGUCAUCUUGUUAUCCAAGCCAAUUCUAUUAUAGCGCUGUGGCUACUUCUGUGCUGCCUCCAUACAAACAGCUGGUGUGUCCCGAAGACUGGGAGACAUACAAUGCCACCGACACGGACAUUGUCUGUUGCCCCGGUGGCUAUGGUUUGUAUGCUCCCAACUGGUUGAAUACGACACGUCCCGGAUUGGGUGCUGUCUGCACUUCCAGCAUCUGGCCCGACGUGUUGAUGGACAUUACCAGCUACGAUUCCACGGCUCUGGCAACGGUCAUUGCCACCACCGCUGGGGCCAAUGGCACCUUGGUGUUUGCGACGGCGUUUGAUGGAACUCUCGCCACUUCAAUAGCCUCUUCCACUUCUUCCUCCAGCCAGACUGUCCCAUCAACCACCAGCAGCGUCACUCCCACUACCUCGCCCGUUGUGACCACCUCGGUGGCUUCUACUACCUCCACCACCUCCACUGGAACUUCCAGUCUCACGGCUAUCUCUCAGCUCCCCAGUUGCGGGCAAACCUGCUUCAGCAAUGUGCUGGCCAAGUACGAGUCUUUGGGAUGUACCACUUCGGACCCAUCUUGCAUGUGCCGGAAUAUCAACUUCUACUAUGGUAUCCGGGAUUGCUCCAACGCGGCCUGUGGCACCGAUGUUGCCAGCACCGUGAUUGCCUUUGAAAGCAGUUACUGUACUUCGGCCAUUGCCGCUGAAACCACUUAUCCCAGCACUGCCAGCGCAACUGCUGUUCCCACCGCCAUCUCUGCUCUGCCUACUUGCGGUCAAACCUGCUUCGACAACAUGUUGGGCAAGUAUUCCUCCCUCGGAUGUAGCAGUGCGGAUCCCUCCUGUCUGUGCGAGAACAUCGACUUCUACUAUGGUAUCCGGGACUGCGCCAAUGCUGCUUGCGGCACUGAUGUUGCCAGCACUGUGCUUGCCUUUGAAACUGCGUACUGCUCCUCUGCCACGGCUACGGCCACCAGCACUUGAGGGGUGUGACUUUGGGAUUCAAUCUGUAAUUUCAUAAUGGAGCGCUAUUGUCUGCAGGUGGAUACGAGUAGAUUAGAUUUGCCAUGCCAAUAGUUCUGAAUAAUUGAAUGUGUU